CAGCGCAGAAGUACACACUGUCGACGAUCGCGCCUAUAUCAGCUUGACAUUUAUAAUUAAAAGUGAAUAAUAUGUUGUGACAUAAUUUUUAUAUAAAUGCUUAAAUUAAUUAUAAUUAUAAACAAUGAAUGGAAAUCAAGUUGACACAGUCAGUGAGAUCGUUGAAAAGAAAAACGAAAAUUCAGCAACUUUGGAUCACGCUUUGCAUGUCGCAGGUCUCGGCUGGUAUAAUGUCAAAUACUGUUUAGUGUUGGCCCUGUUCCUCAUAGGAGCGAUUGUUGAACCAGUCGGCUACUCCUACAUAUUACCAUCAUCUAAAUGCGAUUUAAAUAUAACAGACGGACAGCGAGGGUUUUUAGCCUCGGUACCCUACAUAGGUAUUGUACUAACAUCAUUUCCAUGGGGCUACUUGGUGGACACUCGUGGCAGGAAGAAGUCAUUGAUCUUGAGUUCUCUGGCGGCGGGGUUCUUUGUAGUGCUGUCCGCGUUCAUGCCUGACUUCAUUAGUUUUACUGUUUGCAAAUUCUUGUCGGCAUUAUGUAUAGCAUGUCCGGCUGCGGUACCGUACACAUUUAUAGGAGAACUCGUCCCCCUUAAGUAUAGAGACAUCACUCUGUCUGUCACCAACGCGAUGCAAAUAUUGGGAUCUGCUAUAGUUCCUUUGUUUGCCUGGGCUAUACUACCGUUGGAGUUUAGAGUGGAUUUCGGAGCUUAUGAAUUUCGACCAUGGAGACUACUCACAAUUAUGUACGGCUCUUUAUUUAUAAUAGCUGCGCUACUGCUGAUAUGUGGACCAGAGAGCCCGAAAUAUAUGAUAUCUCAAGGACGAUUUGACGAAACCCUCGACCUAUUGAGAAUGAUGUACGCGAAAAAUAAAAGAAAAUCUCCGGAUGAAUAUCCUAUUAAAAGCCUAAAUACAGACGAAUAUGUUAAAAAAGAAAAGCCUGGAUUCUUUACGUCACUAAAAGUACAAUCGGUACCUUUGUUUAAACCACCCUUUUUAAAAUGGAUGGCACUCAACAGUACUAUUUUCUUUGGUAUUUUUUCGACAAUAAAUGGUCUUAAUGUUUGGAUACCAGACGUGUUGAACCGGGUACUGACAGGCGACAGCGAGGGGGUCACAGCUUGCGAAGUUAUUGCUCAACGACUUAACAGUACUGCUGAUGACUUCGCCGAAUGUGACGAUACACUAGACACGAUGACUUUCCUCAUAAAUUCUGUGGCAAACGUGACAUGCGCAGUCAUCGCGAUCGUAGUCAGUAGCACCGUAAAGGUCAUCGGCAAGAAAAACUUGCUGAUAGCGGUCCAGUUGAUAAUCGGUCUAUUCUGUAUACUGAUCAACGUGGUCACACAAGAUAUUUUGUUUGCUAUAUUCUUAUCAGCGUUGCCAGUGCUCGGAUUGGCGAUAGGACCAGUCAAUGCUUACGCUGUAGAAAUAUUCCCAACACAUCUAAGAGGUAUGGCAGUUAGUUUAUCAAUGAUGAUCGGUCGUGUAGGAUCCGUGUUUGGAGCUAAUGUCGCAGGCAUUAUGUUAAACGCAGUCUGUGAGGCAACAUUUUAUUUCUUCGGAGGAUUUUUAAUGUUUUGCGGUUUUCUAUCGUUCCUGAUGCCGGGUUCUAAAAAGAAACAAACGAAAGAGCCGAUAACGACAAAAUUGUGAUGUAAAACAGAUGAAUCAUAAAUCAAAUGUACAAAUUUAGUUUAAGUCGAGUAGCAUAAGAUUAUAU